AUGGAGGAACUCAAUUUGACAGAGACCGAGAUGAGAUAUUUCGGGGAUUUGUUUUUAUGUUGCGACGAAGAAUCUAAUGGGAAAAUACCGAUUCUUAAAGCAACAGAACUUUUCAGAUCUUCCAAUAUUGCAAAUGAUGUACUACGGCAGAUCAUGGAUCUUAGUGUCUCACCUAACAAUAGUUCAACUCUUAAUCAUAUGAAUAGAAAACAAUUUUAUUCGGCACUAAAACUUAUAGCAGCUCAUCAAUCAAAUGUGACAUUAAAACCUGAUCUGUUGUCCACACCCCUUGAUCUUCCCUUACCUAGGUUUACAUGGGCCCUGAAUUCUGAUGCAAAUGCUGACUUGAUCCAGCUGUCCAAUUCUCCUAAAGAACAGCAUAUAUCAAAGAGAGAAAGAAAUUUUGUGGAGAGACAUCUCGGUGCCUAUGAGCCCAUAAGGGUAUCAUCUAAUUUAUCAGAUAGUGAUGUACCUCAAACUCUAUCUCACGACGCAGCAGAAGUUUUAAGCACUGACUCUGAAAUAGAAUCUGAGACCAUGUCUCAAAGUGGUUCAAUUGGGAGGAGAGGUAAAACGGGUUCACCUUGGAGUACAGCGAGUGAGAGCCCCACUCCCACUAAUAGUGUUGCGGAGCGAGUUCAUCCUGUUUGGGAGCAUAGUGCUACUGGCCGCGGUGUAUGGCCUGCUAAUACAGGAGAGGAACAUACAAGGCUCUUAGGUACUGAAGAAGAUUCAUCCGACCGCCACUCCUCAGAAGAAGAUGGGGAGGGUGAAGCCAGUGGUGAAGACGUGUUUACGAUUAGCGCAACACAAGCAAGCCAUUACGCCUCCCAGUUUGCGCAGCUGCGGCCUGAGCGUGGUCUUCUAUCCGGCUCAACUGCUAGGAUGUUCUUCGAGAAGUCGCGCUUAUCCGUUUCGGACUUACGAAAAAUUUGGCAGCUAGCUGACAUCACCAAGGAUGGCAUGCUAACUUUGGAGGAGUUCAGCAUAGCAAUGCAUCUAAUAGUGUUGAGAAGGAAUAAUAUCGCAGUUCCUGACGUUUUGCCACCAUGCCUCGUACCAAAAGUGGAUUCGCAUUUUUCACAACAGGCUGUGACUACCGACUUGGUGGAUCUCGGCGCGGAUAUGUUUAAUUCGGGCACUUCCGCUGACUUUAAUUUUACACCAAAACCAGAAGUCAACGAUCCGUACGAGACGAAACCCGUUAAAAAGGCAGAAGAAAGGCAACCUUCCAUGUCUCCGCCGAAAGCGGAACCCCAAGUGAAUAACAAGGAGUGGACUAAGUUCGUCGAUUCGCCCACCUUCAGCGUCUCCAGUCCCGGGCCGAAGCCAGUGAAUUUCGAUUUCCAGAAGUCCGCUUUAGAGCGAGAUCCAAAAAUCUACCACCCAGUUGCAUUGAGGGUGACGCCGGAAGCGAACACUCUACCACACGAUGACCUACGCUCUAGUACUUCACCGCGGCGGGACGAUAUAUCGCAAGCUUUUGAAUUGACAAGUCCCAAACGUAACUCGAACGAUCAACCGAAUGGGAGCGAAAUUAAAUCCAUUCAGCGUCCCCAACCUAAGAAACCGGUGAAGAGCGCUGGGGUGUUACCACCCCCACCGGCUAGAGAGUCGUCGGUCCACGCCGACGACGGUCCGCAGUCUUUACAAUACGCGCCCAAGAAGGAUCCACCCCCUCCACCGCCGCCGAGGCCCAUGCGUAAUCACACCCGAUCUAGCUCGCUCGACUUAAACCGGUUCAAAGGCGCCGCACCACCUCCGCAACCGCCCCCCAGAAUGUCACCUUCGGCCACGACCCCUACGCGCCGCUUAGUGAACCAGAAGAGCGAAGAACCCGGAUUCCCCUCCGACGCUUUCAACCCAAAAAGCGAAGAGCCCUCUUUUCCUCCAGACGCAUUCGGCGAAGGCUACGGCUAUAACAAUGAGAGCGCGCCAAAAAUGCACGGGGCGUUCGAGGUGUACCGCAAACCGUCCAGAGAGUCAUCUUGCGAGACGGACCCCGACGUGAAGUCCCUGCAGGAGCAGAACGCGGUGCUGCACCGCGUGUGUCGGGCGCUGUGCGCGGAGCUGGCGGACGUGCAGCGGGAGCGGGAAUCGCUGCGCGUGCAACUGGACGCGCAUUCGACCCCGGUCUAG